AUGGCUGUUACGGAUUAUAGCGCGCAAUUUCAAGAGCCUCCUGCUUCUCUUACGCCAAGGCAUAGUGAUGCUUCUGAUGUCUCCGAAAACCCUGAUGUGUCCAUGCAAUUCCGAGAGCCCAUCUCUCCGCAAAACUCGGUAGACGUGGGUGGAGAAUCCAAGUCUAUAGUGGAGAAGCUCGCAGAAAAGGUGAAGAAGCCGUUUGUGAGGGAGGAGGAGGUCAAGUCGCCGGAGCUUGUUGCUGCAGAGGAGGUGUUGCAGGAUAAGGGUAUGCUGUAA